AUGGAGAACGCUAACUGUGGCUUUAAAGGCAACUCUGACAUGUACGGCCUGGGCAUCCGGCUCGGCAUCUACAUGCAGUGGCUCUCUUCCAUCUUGUUGAAUGCAAUUCUCAAAGACCCAAGUAAGGAAAGAGGCCCCAUGAACGCUGCUCUCGUUUACAACGUUACGCUUCUGGUUGUCAUUUUCCUGCUCCUAGGACCGGAAACAUACGCUAUCGAAUUCCUACCGAUCUUUCUCUUCAUCAUCAACGGAUAUCUCACUGCUUUUGGCUUCACUUUCUCUCCCACUCAGAUACGAGACACGCGGGAGAAGAGCAUGUUUAUGUGCAUGAGAAUCCAAGCAAUAUUGAACCAAGUCAUCAUGCCUAUGGCCCUCCUAUACUACUCCUGGUUCUGGAUCUGGGGCUUUAACCACUCGUUUGCAGAGACUCCGUGUGGAAGUUCGAUGUUCCUCAUGGCCCACCUCGAAGAUAGCGGCGUGUUGGCAGCUCGAGUGGUGUACGGAAUCAUCUCCGUGUUCUUUGGAAUUUAUACAGGUCUCAUUCUGUUUGUGUACCUCGUUUUCUUUCCAGACUUACUUUUGGAAUCGGUACUCGUGUCGCUUGUGGGAAGUUCCAUUGCAGCCCGUCACCUACGUCAAAAUCCGCUUGCAAAGCUCCUUACUAUCUACAAGACGCUCAUGAGGGCUCCGAGAUCAGUUACAUUCGGAUUCACGGGGCUUGUAUAUAAUCCAGACGACGAAGCAGAAAGGCAUGAACCCUUCCACAAGACAGUCAGGAUAGGCAUGACGGAGCAAUUACUAAAUGCUGAAAACGGCGUAUCCAUUCCGGCUUCGCAAACAGAUGGCGCUCGAACAGUCGAAGAAAUAGAACUAGGGCAGUCCACAAUUGUACCGACAUCUGAGCCGCAGCAAGAGCCCAACUCAAGGGACCUCAAUACGUCAGGUAAUUUCAUGUACGAGCUAGAAGGCUUCGCCCCGUUGGCGUUAAGCGUACAGUGCACUGUCAUGUAG